CGACCACAACACGAACAUGACAUGACGGUGCUCCACGGUGUAAAAAUAAAUCGAUAGUAGGGCCUACAUGCAAAAAUAGUCCUGCUCCGUUUGAUUUUUGCCUUUGAGGAAACGAACCGGACGAACUGCAGAACGAAACGGUGUGUGAGGCAAAGCGACGUGAAAGCACCAGGGGGUUUGCUGACUAAUAUAUUUCAAGUGAAAUCAGGCGACAUUAGGUAGGCCUGACUAUGUUGCCAGCAAGCUAUAUGCUCCAGAGUUGGGUGUUCAGAAUGCGUAAUGGCCAGCCCCUCGGUCUUUAUCCCUCGGCCUACUCGGCAGUACAAGGAAGAUGCAGGAGGAAGGUGGACAAGAGGAACCUGACAUUAUUUUCUAAGACGCCGUUAAUAACAGGAUGUUAAUGCUGGACGGGAUGCCUGCCGUCAGAGUUAAAGCAGAGCCUCUGGAGUCCCAGCAAGGGUCCCCGAAAUCGCACAGCUACCCGGACAUGGAGGCGACCCCCCUCCGGAGCAAGGUCAAACCGGAGCCCCCGCCCGAGUCGCUCCAGUUCCACACGCAGACCGAACCCGUGGACCUGUCAAUCAACCGAGCCCGGACCACACCCCCCUCCGCCCCCUCGCCGGCGGGCUCCGCCCCCUCCCCGUCCUGCUCUUCCUCCCCGUCCUCCUCCUCCUCCCCCUCCCCCUCCCCCUCGGUCAUCACCUCGGCCCCCUCGGCCCCCCCCACGGUGUUGACGCCUGCGCCCCUGGGGGCCGCCCCGGCGGGGAUCAGGGGUCAGCAGUUCCUGCACAUCAUCCACCCGGUGCCGCCGCCGCCCAGCCCCGCCCACCUGCAGAGCAGCAUGCUGCCGUGCUCCGUGGUGCGCAUCCCCGGCGUGGUGCGGUCCGUGCCGCUGAUGUACACCACCGUGCGGUCGCCCGGCAACAUCAACUCCACCAUCAUGCUCCCCCUGCUGGAGGAGGGCAGGAGUCAGAACAAAGGGAGGAUGGACCCCAACGGCGUGUCCCCUCGACACAUCAAGAGCGACAGCGAGGACGACGACCUUCCCAACGUGACCUUGGACAGCGUGAACGAGACCGGCUCCACGGCUCUGUCCAUCGCACGGGCUGUGCAGGACUCCAUGUCUCCGUUCAGUAUCGAGGGCCUGCGGCGUCCGAGGAGGUCCGAGUCUCCCGACUCCAAGAAGAGGCGCAUCCAUCGCUGCGACUUCGACGGCUGCAACAAGGUGUACACCAAGAGCUCGCACCUGAAGGCCCACCGGCGCACACACACAGGUGAGAAGCCGUACAAAUGCACCUGGGACGGCUGCACGUGGAAGUUUGCGCGGUCGGACGAGCUGACGCGGCACUACCGGAAGCACACGGGCGUGAAGCCCUUCAAGUGCGCCGACUGCGACCGCAGCUUCUCCCGCUCCGACCACCUGGCUCUGCACCGCCGCCGCCACAUGCUGGUGUGAGGCCGGCCGGACGGACGCACGGACGCACGGACAGGCGCGCACGCACGCGCGGGAGAGCUGGGACUCUUCCGGAAACGGGGUUCAGCUGGGCUGAGCGCCUCGUUUCCCCUUGCCCCCGGCGUGAGAGGCGGGACGUCCGGCCGGAGAGAUAACAGGGUCUGGCUCCUCCGAACCAGCAGGGGGCGGCCUGGCAGCUGCCCCUGCCUCCCGAGUUCGGAGUCAAAGGAACCUCUCGUUCCAGCACUGUUUUUCAACAAGUUUCCCGUGGUUUUUUUGUUUUUGUUUUUGUUUUUGUUCCCCCCACCCCCCCCAAAAGCUUUUUUUGCUCCUCAUCUGGAUGCACCAGGUAUUAAGGCUGUCAUCCACAGCAAGGUUUUUUGUCCCCCGCCCCAUCUUCAAUCAAACGGCUGCUUUCCUGCGUCUAUAAUGUGAAAAAAGACUCGAACCCGGAACGGCUCAGUUCACACUGGGGCCCCCGGUGCUCUGCCCAAACCGGGCCCCUGGGACAGACAGCGCCCCCUAGGCCCCGAGGACAGCAUUGUUGCACAGUUUGCCCCCCUCCCUUGGCAUGCCCCGCGCCCCAGCACCUCAGCGAGAGGCUGAAAGAGACGGUUCCCCAGGACGGGACGGGACGGGACGGGCGUGUGAGCCAGAACCUCAGAAAGGCCAGAGCCGGUUUCACUGCGCACAGGGUGGACACCGCUCAGAGGAGUAGAACCACAGAAGAAGAGGUAAUCAACGAGCCCCUUUUAAAAAACAAAAAAUCAUACAGUAUAUAGUGCACACGUUACAUAUAUGUACACGGUUACAUAUGUGUGGUUCAGUGUUUGUUUUCAUGAAGUGAAUUUCUUGAGCACACGAUCUUAAAAAAUGUUUAUGUCUAACAGUGUAUAAGGAGGCUACAGAAGUCACUUUGCCAGUAAUCUAUAACUGUCCUCAUUUUAUGCUUUUUGAGAGCCUAUAAUUUACUUUAUUAAGUUUUUUUGUCUAGAAAAGCGUUAUUGGUGCAUUCUGUGCUGUGAUUAGCAAUCAGUAAAGUGCAAUUUCAUGAAUUAUUGUAAACAUGAAAAUAUGUUUGUUUUGAGUUCAUAUCUUAAUUUGCCUGCUUUGGAACAAAACCCGUACUAAAAACACAGUAUUUACAACCUGCAGAACUGUGAUUAUACCAGUAUGUAUUGAUUAAGACUCUUUUAAACUCUCUACGCUCAAAUUAAAUGUGACAUUGACAUAAUGAAAUCCCAAAAUAGGAUGAUUAUUUUAGUGUCGCUGGUGAAAACGUUGGUGUUUUGUGUGAAACUAUGAGCACCAGCUGCGGAAUGUUCCGGGCGGACUGAGUGGCACUGCUUCGACCGGCGAGCUGUGUCAUACGACCGUGUCAUACUUUCACCGGUGAAGUCCCCCAAGCUACUGAUUCCUCAAUAUCAGUACCAAAACUUUUAGCUUUGGCAUUUUAUGACACUCAGAAAUAUGUUAUCGCUUCCAUAAAGUGUAGCUUGACUUCCUUUGACACUUCAUGUCAACUGAAAUGGGCAUUUUUUGUCACCUGACUAGGGCUGCUGGCGGUAGGUUAAAGUCAGUGGCAGAAAGUGCCCCACGUCAUGAGCUAAUCUCAUUCUUUCUUUUAGUUCAUGCUGAAUUAUUAGCAAAUGUAGGCGUGGUUACUGAAGAAAAUUGAUUCCAUUUGCUCAUGGAACAAAAUGAACUGGUCUGGUGGCGUCACAGGCUAUAUAGACACAGCGAUGCUAAUUAGGCUGAAGGUAUAGAUGCUUUUCCAUUACUGCCGUCGCCUAAAUACUGCCAGUAUAAGUAUUUUUUUCAGUUAUAUAAAAUAAGUAUUGUCCCUAAUACUCUCUAUCUUACUCAAUAUUUAUAUGGGCCACACACACAUACACACAUUAACCUUUUAGCUAUGGUUUACUUCUUGCUGACCAGUGCAAUUAAAUAAAAUUUAAAUUAUAACAAUUAAUUGACAUUAAACGACAAACAAAUAUGAGUUCUACGUAAUAUUUUUUCCUCAAAUAACAGGUUUCUCAGCAUGUAAAAGCACAAGCCAAACAUGCAUUCAUAGUUACAUGAUGUGAAUAAAUAUUAUGUUAACAUUAAGUGUAUUGUUUUCAGAGAUUAAGGUCUGAAAUUUGUGAUAUUAAGAGGACAGUGCCGCAAGAGGGCCAUUCCAUCCUGGUCUUCUUAGACCAAGAAAUAUCUUCUUUUUUAUUGGAGUCCUUUCCUGCCUAGUUCAGCUACAGGGAGAGCAACUACAACAUAUCAGCUGUUGGUACUCUGACUGGUAGUCUGACCACCCGGCACAUAUCCCAGCCAGGACAGUGUCUGUGUCUGCACAGCGUCUUCUCAUUCUUACUUUCUCAGAAAAAUAAUAUGAACCAAGGCUGGUAUUACGCUCAAUUUUCUACAUUUAUGAUUUCAGAAAUCUAUGAAUGUGUGUUUUGCACUAAACUUUCAUACAGACUUGAUCCAAAAUUUUCAGAAAUAAUUUUGUGAAAAAAGUCGUCCAUUUAUUUUUAUUGGAACAAAAGAUUUUUUCCAAUUCUUAUCGCCAUUUCAGAUGACUCAAGAUUUUGACUUUAAAUUUGUACUGAAAUAAUAGAUUUAUAAAUUAAGAUUUUUUAGUGGAUUUGACAUGAAAUUAGAAGCAUCAGCAAGUAGAAAAUGAGUAGAGUUUGUUUUUAUUCUGUGGCAGGCCGUCCCCCGUUCAGCAGUUGAUCAUUUGACAGCUGAGAUGUUUCUGAAGUUUUAUGUAAAAGUUCCUUCCUCUGAGUAACACAAGGAUGCAAUAGUUAAUUUAAUAGUUGAUUUAAUCGUUUUUACCGAAAAAUGUGUUCUUUAUCAAAUUUUAAAGAGGAAUAAAACUCGUAAAACGCUGCGCGCACACAUGCGCGUUUGCACAAAAAUAGUGCACGAUUUAAACACAACUCCUGUCACAGAAUAACCAAGAGAAGUAUGAGCGGAGUUCUAAUAUCUUAAUGUGUGACAUCUUAAGAGUUAGGUUAUGUCUAAAUACGCCUUCUGUAAAGCAUUUUACUCCUGUGCUGUUCUGUGUGCACAUUUCAUAGGACAGCCACAGGUCACUUGACCACCCCAGUGUGAAGCGUGCCAUAGGCCAAGCUGGCCAGUGUAGUAUAGCUCCCCCUGCUGGCCAGUGUAGAGUAGCUCUGUUCUGACCCCACUCAACCAGUCCUCAACACAUUUUGUGCUCAACUGAAGAAACUCAGGCGAGUGUAGCUUGCUGUGUGAAAGGAGAACUGCGCGAAAACAUUCUUCUUUGAUUUAUUUUAUUUUAGUCUGAGCUCGCUACACCGCUUGUGGGGUUCAGUACAGUACAUUACAUUACAGGCAUUUAGCAGACACUCUUAUCCAGAGCGACUUACACAACAUUUACAUUGCAUCCAUUUAUACAGCUGGAUAUAUACUGAAGCAAUCCAGGUUAAUUACCUUGCUCAAGGGUACAACGGCAGUGUCCUACCCAGGAAUAGAACUUGUGACCUUCAAGUUGAAAGACCAGUUCCCUUACCCAUUAUACUGCACUGCCACCCAGUACACGGCUGUUCUGUUUAAUCUGGGCCUUUGUAUGGUCAAGUGUCUUUUUGUAUUAGCGAUGCUCUGGGUGAAGUCACAUGACAGGAUCAGGGUGGAAAAAUGAACUGAAGGCGAAAUAAAAUAAUUGUCCAGUCUAACAGCAGUGCUUUCAGUCCUAUAUGUAACAGCCUAAAUUUAGGCAAGUGUUACUCUUAAACUGCUUACACAGCAUCAGGAGCUCAGUUAUCACUAAAAUAACAGACAGCUGAGCUCAUAAAAAUAGCAAUACUUGAUUUUUAGUCUUUGGACAUAUUUGAGGACAAACUGCAAUGCUAAAUAAUAGAAUAAGCCCUUAAAUUGCAAAUGCAGUAUUCCUUUAUUGAAGUAACAGUAAUAUAAUAAAAUUUGUUAACCUGAGUUAAUCUAAAUCAGAAAGUAUAUAUAUCGAUAUAUUCAACCUAAAAUAAGACCAAUAUGUUUAUUUUAUUUUGCUUGAGUAUUUUAUGUGUUUAUGUUUCCUAUCUGUGUAUACAUGAAUAGAUCAUUUUAUCAUUUUACCAUUCAGUUAUACGAUUGAUUGCCUUUUGACCAUCAGACAUGUCAUCAGCACCUUGUUUAUGUGUAUAAGAAAAUCAACCUAAAUUAGAAUGAUAAAUGUUAAAUUAUACGCAGUAAUAUUCAUCUACAUACUUUCAUAUAAUUUACUUUUUUAUCCUUUUGUGAGAUGAGGGGAACUUCCUUAUAGGGCUAUCUGAUGUAUAAACAGUGUUUUCAGAUAAUGUCAUUUAUAUGUAACGGUGAGGUAAGCAUUUCGAAACUCAGUUUUGCAUAGACUGUACAUAGUGUUCAGUGAAGGAACUUGUAUUUUUUAUUUUAAGAAGUACCUUUAAUACAUUUUUACAGAUGAUAAAUAGUAGAAUUUGGUAUUUUCCUCUUGAAUUUAUGCAUAGAAACAAUCAACUACAAUCUAUGUGGUUCUGGAAAAAACAAAUAUUUGGAAAACAGGUUUACCAUGAAGUAUGCCCCCCCCCCCAAAAAAAAUACCUUGAACAUGUAGUCAUUUAGUCAUUACUCGCAUGUUGAGUUCAGUUUCCAAAUUUGUCCAUAUUUUAAAGAUAAAGGGUCAUUUGGGGCUAUCUAGGGUAGUUUGGGAUUAACUUCUUCAAAAGGCGCAGGUAUAUGUGGUUAAUGAAUUCCUUUUAAUAAUCCUAGCAGUAGUAGCUACAAGCAACAGUAUCCCUUCAUGCCUGUUUUGAGGUAUUAAAUAUGAUUUCUGAAGUGAAAAUAAGGCUGCUUUAUAUCACAUUUGAAUACAUAAAACCCAUUUACUUCUUUAUUUCAUGUGUUUGUCAUGGGAACUCACAGUAAACCUUUUUUUGUCUCCCUCAUCCAUUCUGAAGAUGAACACAUCAGAUGCACAUGCAGAUGUACACAAAUAAAGUGCUUUCUUUUUCUUUUUUUUCGUAUGUUCUUAUGUAAGGGAAGAAUAUUGCAUUUUCUGUGGCAUAAUUUUGUAACGGCAAGCAGGGUCAAAGUUAUGCAAUAAUGACUAGUGCCUCCUAAGAGCCUACUGCAGUGUGUGCAGAUGAGGAAGUGAUAAUGCCAAUAUGGUUACUACAGUACAAAAGUGCACGGUCAAUACUGAACAAGUGCAGAUUUCAUUUAAAAUAAGCACAGACACCCCAAAAGCAACACUCACUUUAAACAGACACCCCAGCAUUGACCUUUCUGUCAGCCUAAUGACACUGAGCCUUAUCCUUCAGAACCAGCUGCAAACAGCCAACCAUCACAUUAAAAAUAUAUUGUAUGUGUCUCCUAUGGAAAUGACAUAUGAUUCAUAUGGAUGUAUAACCUCACAUACUGAAAUACUGAACAGAUGUAUUAUUAUUAUUAUUAUUAUUAUUAUUAUUACAAAUUGCAUAUCUAUUGUCAUGCAAAAGCAGGCAAUGUGGAGUCAUGAUUACAGUUGAACCACAUGAUUCACACGGCGUCUGCACUGCAAUUCACAGGAACUCUUCUGAAUGUGAGCAGACUGGGAAACCAACCUCUGGAAACUUUUUUUCUGUGAAUAACGCCCAGUUUCAUUAAUGUAUUUGUACAAUGUUUUUUUUUUCCAUUUAAUAUUGGUUCCAGAUUUGUUCUUUGCAUUGUAAACUAAGUAGAUUAGCUAAUGCCUAUGUUAAAAGUUUAAUGAUAUUAUGUAUGUGUUGUUCUUGUAUUUAUGUAUAGUGUAUGUAUUGUAAAUAUAUUCAGAGCUUUUCAUCUUACUGUAAAAUUGUGAUUUCACCCUGCAGUGCUUUUCAAAGGGAGUCCCUGUUUGUUAAAUUCUGUCAGAGAAUUGAAAGUCCCCGUCUCUUUUUAAGAGAAUGAAAAGAACAAUUUUUUUCUUCUUUUUACCGAUAGAGUCUAAACAUUCUGUCUGUGCUUUGCUUUCCUUCCUGUAUUUUUUCCUUCUCUGGAUUUGGCUGUGAAUUGAAAUUAAGUUUAAACAUAUACAUGUAUAAUAAUCUGAAUGGAGGCAUGAAGGCAAAUAAAGUUGAAUUUUGUAUGUAA